GUCGGCGGUGGGCGCGGUGCGAGCUGUUAAAGGGCCAGGGCAUUUAAAGGAGCAGGGCACGUGGUGAUCGAGGGACGUUUGUGGACAGGGACGUUUGUUUUCCUCUCCUGGCCGGGAUCUUGGCGCCCAGACCGGUCGGCCUGUGGCACCGGGCCCUGGGCACAGCUUUGCAGGGGCAGGAGGGGAGACGUGGGCGAAGAACUGAGCCAUAGGUCAAGGCCUGGAGCAGGGGAGAUUUCGUGAUCAGCGGUUGUUGGGCUGUUUUUUCAGGCAUUUACAGUUGUGGGGACUCACCCGGGAUCAAGCUUUGGAAGCGGAAGGAACGUGAAACAGUGCUCCCAGCGGCAGGGCCAUGUUCACGUUCAUGGCCUCCGACAGUGAGGAGGAAGUGUGCGGCGAGCGGACCUCCCUGAUGUCAGCCGAGAGCCCCACGCCACGCGCCCGCCCAGAAGGCAGGCCGGCCCCGGAGGACAGGGGCGCUGCCGCCCAGCGGAGAAGCCAGGACAGCGAGGAGGACCACGAGGAGGACGCUGACCGCUACGUCUGCAGUGGGGUCCCCGGGCGACCACCGGGCCUGGAGGAGGAACUGACUCUCAAGUAUGGGGCGAAGCACGUGAUCAUGCUGUUUGUGCCUGUCACGCUGUGCAUGGUCGUGGUGGUGGCUACCAUCAAGUCCGUGCGCUUCUACACGGAGAAGAAUGGACAGCUCAUCUACACGCCAUUCACCGAGGACACGCCCUCGGUGGGCCAGCGCCUCCUCAACUCUGUGCUCAACACGCUCAUCAUGAUCAGCGUCAUUGUGGUCAUGAUCUUCCUGUUUAUCCAUGGUUGGUUGAUCAUGUCCUCUCUGAUGCUGCUGUUCCUCUUCACCUAUAUCUACCUCGGGGAAGUGUUCAAGACCUACAACGUGGCCAUGGACUACCCCACCCUGUUCCUGACCGUCUGGAACUUCGGGGCGGUGGGCAUGGUGUGCAUCCACUGGAAGGGCCCCCUGGUGCUGCAGCAGGCCUACCUCAUCAUGAUCAGCGCGCUCAUGGCCUUGGUGUUCAUCAAGUACCUCCCGGAGUGGUCCGCGUGGGUCAUCCUGGGCGCCAUCUCUGUGUACGACCUCGUGGCUGUGCUGUGCCCCAAGGGGCCGCUGAGAAUGCUGGUGGAGACCGCCCAGGAGAGAAACGAGCCCAUCUUCCCUGCGCUGAUAUACUCAUCCGCCAUGGUGUGGACGGUGGGCAUGGCCAAGCUGGACCCCUCGUCUCAGGGAGCCCUUCAGCUCCCCUACAACCCGGAGAUGGAAGAAGACUCCUAUGACAGUUUUGGGGAGCCCUCAUACCCUGAAGUCUUCGAACCCCCCCUGCCCGGCUACCCAGGGGAGGAGCUGGAGGAAGAGGAGGAAAGUAAGGUGCCCGUGUCCAGAUGGUCCGCGUGGGCCCGGGGGUGGGAGUGGAGGGUCCGGGUCGGGGGAGGCAUGAGGGAAAAGGCCCUUCCGCAUCAGAGAUGGCGAUGCGCAACAUCCACCGGUUGCAAGGAGAAUCCCUUGGAACAGGACUCAAGCUCGGUGAGCCAGCGCAGAGCAGGUCUGGUCCUCCUGGAGCUUGGCUGUCUGACCACCGAGGAGACGCAGGUCCUGUGCUCACACUUCAAACUGGUAGCUGUGUCUCCUUGUUCCGGAAAUAACGUGAGUCCUGUGAAGCUGGCGGUUUAUCAUAUCUUGGGAUGCUCCUUCCUAAAUCUUGGCACGCUCUUGACUGGCUACCAGGUCCAGACCCAGACUCCCGAGGACAAUAUCUUGGGAUGCUCCUUCCUAAAUCUUGGCACGCUCUUGACUGGCUACCAGGUCCAGACCCAGACUCCCGAGGACAGUGAGCUUCCGCUCACUUCUACCUUACAAACAGAAUUUGCUUGUGCAGAAUUUGAUCCAAAAUAG